GCCAUGACGACCACAGACUGGUUAACAAAAGAUGGACUGGAGCGGAUAAAAGUUGGUAUGAAGGCUCACAGCAGUGGAGUCGGGGUGUUUGUCCGAAUCAGACCAACGGCACACUUCUCUCAAGACCUCAUUGAAUGUCUUCCUGACGGACAGACAGUGAACAUCCAUCAUAGAAAAGACUUAACAAAGCCCCUGGACUCCAGGAAAAGUCAGCUUAGUUCCUGGUCAUUCCGGCUGGCAGGCAUCCUGCAGGAUGUAUCCCAGGAGGAGUUGUACACCAGAGUGUGUAGGCGGGUGGUACUGGGAGCACUGGAAGGCUAUAAUGGUACUUUAAUGUGUUUUGGGCAGACAGGUGCAGGAAAAACUUACACCAUGACAGGAUCCACUGAAUCAUACAAGCAUAGAGGCAUCAUUCCUCGGGCCCUUCAGGAGGUGUUUCAGGAGGUGGACAAAAAGACUGAGCAUGCCGUCUCUGUGCACCUGUCCUACCUGGAGAUCUACAAUGAGACACUGGUAGACUUGCUGUCAUCGGUACAAGGUUCACCACAACUCUCUUCUCGUGCAAUGGUGGUAGUGGAGGAGCCGGGCAGAGGGGUGUUCAUCAGGGGUCUGUCUCUUCACCCUGUCCACAGUGUGGAGGAGGCUCUCUACCUGCUGUUUGAGGGUGAGAUGAAUCGCAUUAUUGGAUCUCAUCCCUUGAACAGAAACUCUUCCAGGUCCCACUGUAUCUUCACUCUGCAUAUAGAGUCUCGCUCACGGACUUUGUCUGUUGCCAAGUAUGUCACUUCCAAGCUAAAUCUGGUGGAUUUGGCCGGGUCUGAGAGGCUGGGAAAGACCGGGUCAGAGGGUCAGAUGUUUAAAGAAGCCACGUAUAUCAACAAGUCGUUGUCUUUCCUGGAACAGGCCAUUCUGGCCCUGGCAGAUCGCCGCAGAGACCAUGUUCCGUUCAGACAGAGUAAACUCACUCAUGCCCUCAAGGACUCACUGGGAGGGAACUGCAACACUGUGCUUGUGGCCAACAUCUAUGGUGAGGCUGCACAGAUAGAAGAAACACUCUCUACUUUGCGUUUUGCCAGCAGAAUGAUGUGCAUCCGGACAAACCCUGCUGUUAAUGAACACAUCGAUCCAGCAGCUCAGAUCAAGAAACUUCAGAAGGAUAUACACAUGCUGAAAGAGGAACUGUCCUUCUACAACACAUUGGUUAACCAUCCGAGAAUUAAGUAUGAGUCAUUGUCUGAAGCCCAGAUGGCUGAGAUCCACAACCAGGUUCAGAGGUACCUACAGGGAAGCCUGGAGGAAAUCAGUAUCACAAGUAUCAUCCAGGUCCAAGCAGUGUUUGCCCAGUUCAAGCUUGCUGUGCAGGAACAGGAACAGAGGGUGAAGGCAGAGCUCUGCCAGACCUUCAACUUGAUGGAGAAAGACCAAAGUGCUAACACAACUGCUAGAAAGAAGGGGAAUACCAGAGACACCACUGUGGAUGUGGAGGCACUUCGCCCAAGUUCGACCAAAGCCAACACUAAAAUGCCUAGGGACAAACAGAGCCAAAGCAAGAGACAGGGAGAGGGGAGUCCAGUUUCAAGGAAGCGUUUGGAGAGCGUCUCCAAAUCAAAACUGAAUUCUGUCCAGAUGCCUGUGAGGGAACAGGAGUCACAAGAAGAAAUCACAGAGAGCCAGGACACGCAGGAAUCACAACUGCCUGGCAAUGAACCCUUUAACCCUGACUCUACUCCAUCCAAAGCAGAAGCCUUUGAGGAAUUUAAAGUGGGACGAGGCAGCAAGAUCAACCGCAUCCUUAAGGAGAACAAAGCUGUUCUGCUGGAACGCCGCAGUCUUCUUCGACAGCUCACUGAGGAGGUCAAUGCUGUCAAGAGAGAGAUCGACUGCACCACGGCAACCAUACAGAGGCAUGAGACGAGAGGAGGCCAAGGUCAGUAUUUGGUUAAGGAGGGGGAGCCAGAUGGCACUUCAUUGAUGCAGCUCAGAGAGCUGAAGGCCCUGUACCGGCAGAGAUAUGAGGUGCUACGUGACGUCAAGGCAGAGGUCAACUAUUGUCAGCGCCUUGUGGAUCAGUGCAGGGAGCGCCUGCUUUCUGAAUUUGAGAACUGGUAUGAAAAGUCUUUCCCGGUACCUGAAGAGGAGCUGGACAUAACCAUAGAUAGGACCCUUGAACAAGGGGAGGAUGACAAAGGGCUUCUUCCUGACAGCUCAAGCUCGGAGUCUUUCUACAACGCCCACUACAGAAUGAAAAAGAGGAGGGCACUGUCCUUUACUCCGGCGCACAAGAACUCGUCUGCAAGGUCUGGACAGAGAAGACUUCCUCCUAUUCUACCUAUUAGCUAAGUAACUAACUAAAGUGUCCACAUGUGUUAAUUGUUGUAGUCAUUCACUUCUUCUCUUGGGGGGGGUUUCCACAUCUAGUCGAGCACAAAAGACAACACAAUGUAUCAGCUUCGUAAAUGAAAAGUAAAAUUUAUUUUUCCUGAACCACAAAAUAGACUUCUUUGGUUGUACAAAUUCACUAGUUACAGUCUUGUAUGAGCGCUAACCCUAGGACUUCUGACCUUUUCCCUCCAACCUAGUAAAAGUAAAAGCCUCCAAAGAGAACUCAAGACAAAAGAAUAAACAAAAACAUGAAACACUGCAUUAAUAAUGUAGUGAAACCCAUC